UGUUCACCUCAACAAUUUUCAUUCGGUUUUCUGUUCCCCGUGUUGAGUCAUCGUUUCUGCAAAAAAUCGAGCUCAUAGUCACAAUUCAUCAGUUUUUCUCGCAAAACAAUUGAUUUCCCCCUAUCCUGAAGUAAGUACGCACCACGAACAGUGAAGGUUUGCGUUCUGCAUUGACAAAUUCUCGACUUUUUUCACGGUACUGAAACGGAUCCAAAAACAAAUCAACCAAACGUUUGUCAACGUUGCGCUUCGCCUGCUACGCAAAAAAUGGCCUCGUCUCUGAAGCGCAUUUUUGCCAGCGAAAUUGAUCCGUUUUAUUGUGACGAAAUUGAACACGAAGAUGGAGGAAGCGACACCACAAGUAUUCCCGACGAAGAUAAUUAUUUGUCGAUGAACUCCUCGAAGAAACAACGGUCUGACAGUGGUUUAUCAACGCUAGAGCAGGAUUUCAGACAGCAGCGAAAUCCGACGCGUCGUCCAAAUCCGAAGAUAUCAAACCGGAACGCGCUGCUAGCGCGGGAGAAUCGCAAACGGAAGAAGCAGCAUGUCGAGAGUCUGGAGAAGCAGGUGGAACAAUUGAAACAGCGCUACGACAUAAUUCGCAUGGCUUUGAAGAGGAAGUCGAAACUUGUCAUGCAGUUGAGCAGGGAACGAAAUUAUUUGAGGAGCGUUAUCGCUAACAGAACGGGAAUAAUGUCAGUGUUAAGGUCGGUUCAAAGGACGGGGCUUUCGAUGACAUCGUCUCAGCUCAGUUACGUGACGGGUGCUCCCAAAACUCCUGGUACCGGUAGUAGCUGCGACGAGGGCAUCUGCUCAUCACCCCAAAUGGCGCUAUUCGAGGACGAGGAAAGGUUCAAUUCAAACGAUCUAGGUGUGGCAUCGGAGCAUGUAUCGUUCGAGGAUGAGUUCAGUCGAUUGCCGGAUAUGGAAGAGCUUAUGUCAGCGAUGACCGGUGGCUCGGCUGGUAACAACAGCGCCGAGAAACUGUUGGAAGAAAAGAGCGCUCAGAAUUCUUUUCCAGAGCGAGCUGAACAGCCGAACGAACCCAUCACAUACGGAGCUAAAAGGUGGGACUCUUCCUUCGGCAGCAAAAACUCAAAUGCCGACUCAAAAAGCAAUGCUACUAAUAUAGAAUCGCAAUUUUCAGCAGCAUCGCUGUACGUGUGUGUACGCGGACUGGUACCUGUGUUUGAUCUCAUCUGUCACAUUCGUCUCCCGAAGACUGUAUCGAACCAAUGAAAGGAAACGCAGCUCGAUUCGACGGAGUUGGCGGAAUGGGGGAUGCUACUUCGAACUGAUGCGCGUGACGAACGUGAUUGAGCACCCAUUUCCCACGGGGAUCGUCGAGUCGGGCUGUUAUAUCCGCAUUUCCCCUUUGGCCACUUUGCUUUCACCCGGUUUCUCUUUGCCGUUAAACUAUUUCUUUCAGACUGUGCGUCUUUUGCGUGUGGAUGGAAAAUGCAGCAUUGAUAGUAACGUGAUUCCGAAGAAGCAGGAGCUCAUUGCUGCUGACUUUUGUUGCCGGUAGGUAAUCUGUUGCCAUUAUCUCCAACUUGUUAAUUAAUAUGUUUUAUUAAUUAUUUUUAAAUGGAAUUAAAUGCCUGUGGCAAACAAUUCACUUUUGUUUUUAGUAUGUAUGAGAGGUAUAAGUAUCACUAUAAGUACUCAUAAAUAAAAUAAUAUGUUGAUAUAAUAAGAAA